CCCAGCGUCACAGUGCAACGGCGGAACCAUCUACAGAUGGCUCCUCAGAAACGCUGCGGGAGCAGCUCCGUAAAGGAUGAGCCACCAGCAAAGAUGGUCAAACAUGAACAGAUGCCGAAAGAGCACGAAGAGUUCAAGGUUGUGGUCAAGAUUCCUUCCGAGGUUGAGCAAAGCGUCGAACCCCAAGGCUUUCCAGAGGCCGGUGACAGUGACGAUGAGUUUCUGGCUUACCCUGCUGCGAUGGGAGAGGUCGAGGUCGACGACUAUGAUAGGGCCAAAAAGCUGCCGUGGUUUAAAGAAAUUCGGAGCGUCGUUCAGACGAAACAGCCCACCGAGAACGGCGGCCCGAGCGAAGUAGGCUCCUGCGUCAGCGCUUUGAUACAGCGUGACAAAAUACGCAUGAGAUUCCACAGUAGUAUCGACAUGUCAACCCCAGAAUCUUGGACUAUGGGCUACGCGCUGUUUGAUCGAUAUGGACGGCUGAAGCCGGUUUACAAAAACCAUCCAUUCAAAUCGGGCUCCCGCAUCUGGGGCAACGAGCUGAGCACCGGCGACAUUCUUCUCGUGGAUACAUUACGCGUUCAGAGAGAGCAUUGCGGGAAGGGUCUCGGCCAGAAACUUGUCAAAGCGGUCCUCGAUGAAGCUCGUGCUAGGACGGAUCCUCGAACAUUUGUGGCAAUUGCUCGCACGGCAAACAUGGAUUCAGAAGUCAGGGCUGGAUUCCAAGACAAGGGAAAUGAGGAAGGCACAACCUAUUCUGACAGACAAGAGUUACCUGCUCGAUGCUUGUUAAGAUCUCUGGGGUUUCGACGCAUCGGAUCCUCGCAGUGGUUUGCUCUUGCGGAAGAUCCAAACCACGCUUGCCACUCGUUAUCCGCCAACGACGAUUUCGAUGCGCCCAAAAUGGAAUACCACACCAAUACCACCAUGAUGGACCUUUUCCGACAGUGUCGUUUCGCCCAGGGCGAUGGUGCUCGCCUGGAGAAGAUGCAGCGCAUUCUUGGGUCCUAUGGGGAAGAAGAUGACAUAUGGACUUCAGCUGAUGCGCAAGGAAACAACAUCCUGCACCAAGCAGCGGGUAACGAGAGCCUCAUAUGUGUGGAGUGGAUUCUUUCAAAAUGUCCCAGGCUAUGGAAGAGCCGGAAUGGGGAAAGGGAGACUCCAUUGGAAUGCUGCGAGGCGGUUCAUGAGAAGCGUCGUACUCAUUUCUGGGGCGGGAAUCUGACCCUUGCCCGUUCGGAUGAGUUCGCAGGAUACAGUGAGGACUAUGUGAAGGUGCUCUGCCUGUUGAAAGGGAUGGAAAAGCCACAGAAGAUAGAUUUGCUUCGGCUCAAGUAUGGCUGCACGUGCGGACAGUGCCUCAAAGGUAUCCUGAGCUCGCGCAUGCGAUACAUUCUCCAGGCUACAGCAGAGAGAGAAAGGUACAAAUUGGAUUUUUGGGUUUGCCCUGUGCAGCUUCGCAUGUACCUACCCCUGACGGUCACGGCCAAGCUACGCACCGACAGAUCAAUAUGGCGAGGGAUUGGAGCUCUGUUUGAUUCCUUUGCAAAUUGCCUGCGGAACGACAAACUGCCCACUACUAAAAACGCGAUGGAAAUGUGUAAGGCGUCGAACGAGUGGGUGUCGAAUACCAGGGAUUAUCUUGGGGGUGAUGAAACGAUCCAAGCUGUGGGCUCUGCCUUGUUUGAACUGACGAUGGAAUAUUGGGUCCAGGGCAGUGAAGCGUUCACGCGGAUGUGUUUGUCUGAUGAUUUCCGGGGCUUGCCAGUGUGCCGCAACGACGAUGAAUUUGGGUUCGUCAGUGGUAUGUGUGGCUACAAACGUGUUUCGAAACAAUAUGGUUAG